AUUACAGGGAAUUUCCAGGAAUAUGAAGACGAGCUGGAAGAGACACUUGAGUUCUGCCCUCUUCAGUGUACUGGCGCCACUAAUGCCAUGGUUAUCAAUCAGAGCCAACCCGUUGAAAACUGCGUGGUCGGUAUCAGCGUGGGUGUCGUCCAACGACGAAACGAUUGGUUCCUGUGGAGAGGUGAAGACUGCCAGAAACAAACAAGCGUGUUCAACAUUAAGUGCACAUAUAGCGUCAGAGAGAUAAUGUUUUUAAAAACAUUACAGCAAAAACACAGACCACGGGGAACAGUUUCCAUCAAAGCUUUUCUCUUUCUUUCCAUUUCGAUUUAUAAUUUCAAAACAAAAUACAAACGCGAAAUUGCUAUUCUUACCUCAUUACUAGAUAACCCGUCAUCACAUCUAAAGUGCGGUUCCCAGCACUUCCUUCAUUCAUUUGGUUUUCCUCGCAAUGAUCCUCUAAUAAGGUCUUCGAACAUAUCACGUGUUGUUCCGGCUGCUGCUUGA